AUGAAAGAAAUCAAUUACAAAAGAGGUGAAAAAGUAGAUGUUGCUGAAGAAUUCGGAGUUAUAGAAAUCAAUAAAGAUAAAUAUAUUGGAAAAAAGCCAUUAGUUACACCAAAAUCAGAUAGUAGAGGAGUUUAUGGAGGUAAUAUAGUUGGACAAUCAUUACUUGUAGCUAUGAAAUCAUGUGAUCCUGAAUUUAAACCUCAUUCAUUACAUUCAUCAUUUGUAAGAGCUGCUACAACUGAUCUGCCUUUAAUUUAUGAAGUUGAAGAAAUUUCAAAUGGAAAUAAUUUUUGUAAUAGAUCAGUAAAAGCUUUUCAAAAUGAUAAAAUUGUAUUUUAUGCAAAUAUAUCAUUAACUAAAAAAAAUGCUUUAAAAGAAAGUAUGGCAAAAUAUGAAGAAUAUAAUGCAAAAUAUGAAAAGAAAUUAAAAGAAAAAGAAUUUCAAGUAAAAGAAAACAAUGAUAAUGAAGAUGAUGAUCAAGAUGAUGAUGAAGAAGUUGAAAAAAAACCAAUCAAACCUUUUGGAUUUCAAACUCCAUUACAUAAUUGGUUUCAAAAAUAUGAUUUAAAUGAAUUACCAGUAUCAGGUAUUGAAUCAAAUAUGUUAUCAUAUUUUAAAUUUUUUCCUGAUUUUUUAUUUUUAAAUAAAUCAGAAUAUGAAAAUGAUAUACCAGUAGCAGAAAGAAAAUUUGCAUUUUUAGUAAGAUGGGGAAUUGAUAAUGAACAAGGAUAUGAUCAACCAUUAAUUAAUGUUGAUUCACAAUUUAAAUAUGUUGGAUUAGGUAAUUUAUCAGAUUCUUUAUUAUUAAAUGUAAUUUUAAGAGUUUUACGUAUUGAAAAUGUUGAUUUAAAAGAUUAUCAUAAAACAUUUUUUGGAGUUAGUCUAGAUCAUGUUUUAUAUAUACAUGAUGAUGAUUUUGAUGUUACUAAAUGGAUGGGUUAUAGUUUUAAAACUAUAAGGUUUUCUCAUGAUAGAAUUUUAGUUGAAGGUGAAAUAUAUAAUGAUAAAGGUGUUCAUGUUGCAAGUGUUAUACAAGAAGGAUUGUUGAAAUUUGAAGGGAAAGAGAAAGGAGCAAAGUUAUAG